AUGGCUGCUAGCUUCGAUUAUUGGAAUGAUUGCGUUGAUGCCCAGGACAUGGAAGCAAUGUGGCGGGAACCUGAAGUUAGCACCGAAUGGUUAGAUGCUGGAGAGGCUAAAGGAAAUAAAGUUCACAUUUCACGGGAUCCUGAUGGACAGCCUUAUUUGACACAGACUGAGAUGAAGGCUGUAGCUGAUAUUAUUGUCCAUAGACAUUUUGAUUCACAGAUACAGCCGGACAUGAUAUGUGCUAUAGCUGAACUUGCAAGUGACAGACAGCCCCUCUCUACACGGUGGUAUGAUAAGAAAACUAAGGAGACAGCGCUGGGGAUCAUGCAAAUUUUACCAAAAACAGCAGAGUGGCUGGUCAGGGACUUAGGUUAUCGGGCAUAUGAAGUAGAAGGAAAUCCAGACAUCCUAUAUCGACCUUUUGUUAGCGUAUAUUUAGGCGCUGCUUAUCUUAAAUGGUUAUCGAACUUCGAGGAAAUGACCAUGGAAUGCACUGUAAAUGUGCCAGAAUCUUGUUCGAACAACAGAUUAAGGCCAAAUGCAACUCAAGCUAAACUUUUAGGUGUUGAUUAUAUUUAUUGGGACUCUAAAGCUUCCCCAGAAGACAUGCAAGAGAUGUGGAGUCGUUCUGAAGUCGCAAAAGAGUGGACGAAAUCUGGAGAAAAAAGAGGAAAGGUGCGCUUUUCACAUGAUAAGGACAAGAAACCGUAUCUAUCUCGGGUAGAAAUGAAGCUUGAGCUUUUAAGGUUGGAGGCUCUAGCAAAACCUAAAGGACGGUACAUACAAUCCGUCCCUCCUGCUGAGGCAAUUAAGUCAUGUAGAUUGGACGCAAUCAAAUCAGUCCUUUGUGCUCUUGCUGAGAUGGUUAGCAUGCGUUUUCUGAAUGGGGUUGGUCCGCGAACCGGAUUAAUGGGAAUUGACUACUCUACAGCUUUCUGGCUUUACAUGGAGUUGGGUUAUCGGGCUUACAGAGUAGAUUCUGCUGAUGAUCUGACCAAGCCAUUUGUGUCUAUGUAUUUUGGUGCGGCCUAUUUGGCUUGGUUAUCAGAAUAUGAAGGGAGGGAAAGAACUCCACAGUUUGUCGUUCCAGCUUAUCUUUCUGGGCCAAAGAACGUGAACCAUCAAGAGACUGGUCCCCUUUGGCUUAAAUUCGAGCAAGCUUUGAGCAAUUACGAAGACAUAAAGAGUCAGGGUGAGUUGACCAGGACAUGGUCUUCAAUUGGCAAUAUGGAUCACCCUGUGAAAUGGGUGUCAGUGUUACUUUAA